AACGUUUUUUCCAUUUUCCGCAUGCGUUUUCAUUUUGCUUUUAGCUGUUGUGUCAGAAUGUUCGGUUCCUCAGAGGAUAACCCAAACUUAACACUAGAUGGCAGUGUUUCUUUUUCAAAGAAAAUGUGCACAAAAAUGACCCUUGAAGAACUCUCAUCAUUGGAUUGAGGUGUAUUCAUUUACAGCUGUUUAAAAGUACAUUAAUGGAUCUUGAGAGAGGAAAUGUCAUUGCUGGCUAUGGAGACCUCACUGAGCCAUCGGAUUUCAACAAAAAUAUCUUAAUUUGGGUUCCGAAGAUGAACGAAGGUCUGUGUGUGUACGGGUGUGGAACACCAUGAGGCGAGAGAUCCUGGGCAACUGAGACACCGCAGAAAGAGGAGGAGGUAGAGGAGGACCAGAGAUGGCUGAAGCAGCAAAGAUUGAACUUUUUGUCAAGGCAAGCGAUGAUGGUGAAAGUGUUGGUAACUGCCCUUUUUGUCAGCGGCUCUUCAUGAUACUCUGGCUGAAGGGGGUCAAUUUCACCCUCACCACAGUGGACAUGAAGAGAGCUCCAGAGGUACUAAAGGACCUGGCUCCAGGUUCUCAGCCCCCUUUCCUCAUCUAUAAUGGAGAGGUCCGUACUGACACCAACAAGAUCGAGGAGUUUCUGGAAGAGACCCUUGCUCCCCCACAAUAUCCCAAGUUAUGCUGCCGCUAUAAGGAGUCUAACACGGCUGGAGAUGACAUCUUUCACAAAUUCUCGGCUUACAUUAAAAAUCCCAAUCCUGGACUCAAUGACAUGCUGGAGAAGAAAUUUCUAAGGAGUUUGAUGAAGUUGGAUCAGUACCUGUUGACUCCCCUUCCACAUGAACUGGACCAGAAUCCAGAUUCAGCCCAAUCCGCAAGGCAUUACCUGGACGGAAAUUCACUCUCUCUUGCUGACUGCAACCUGCUUCCAAAAUUGCACAUUGUCAAGGUAGUUUGCAAGAAGUACCGUGGUUUUGAGAUCCCUAGAGAGCUAAAAGGCCUGACACAGUACUUGGACAAAGCAUACAAGGAAGAUGUGUUCCACCUCACCUGCCCCAAAGACAAGGAGAUCCUGCUUGCCUACCAUUCAGUGGCUAAAUAUCUCAACAAGUAGAACUGGACUUCAAAAGGGGAUGAGGACAAAAGAUUGUCUGGAAUUUAUUGUAAAAAAAUUUAUAUAUAUGAAAUGCCCCAAAACUGCCUUUAUUAUAAAUGUAUUCUUAAUGGGAAUUUUAAUAAUCCGAAUAUAUUGGUGGAGGUUGUUUUCGUUCAUUUUUCAUUUAAAAACCACAAUUGUAAAUAUCGGAUGCCUGCCUUGCUUGUUCCUGCCAUUUUGUUUUUGUAUUUAAAUGUCACUUUUGAGUGUGUUACUUUUGUUUGAUAGCCACUCAUUUAGAAACAUCUGUGAUUGUUGUUUUUGAAGGCCAUGUGAAAUGAGACAUGUAAUUGGUCUGAAAUUCUACCCCAUGAGAAAAAAAGAAGACAAAGCACUAGACAACUUCUACAAUGAUGUUAUUGAUCUCAAACAUUAAUGUUCGUAAGGAACGUCCAGUAUGUAUAAAACGGCUUGCAAACAAAUAAAACUCUUAUGGAAGAACA